AUGAGGAGCGACCAUAAUAUCUGCCUCUUUCUAGGCCCGCUUGACGAGCAUAAAUCUAGCGUCGCGGCAGAUAUCUAUCUCCAGUAUGCAGAAGAAAACGGUCAGGCGAACUUGUGGGUAGGAGAUCUUCAUAUUGACAUCAGCAAUGAAGAAUCGAACACAUCCAGCAUUGGCGAGAGGAUUUCCUGGUCGCGCUUUGAAGAGAAGAUAAAUGAGUGUCGUCGGGAGCAUAUUAAAUGCCGCGGAGAAAUCAACCCAGCUCUGCCACGAGGAUUCCGGGUUAUCGAUAUCCCUAGACGACGCAUUGUGGAAACGAAUGACGCUUCAUUCGUCGCUCUUAGCUACGUCUGGGGCAGGGACACACGACCAUCACUUCUUACCGCUACCCGCGCAACCAUUGCAGCCAUGAAGAUGGACGGCGGCCUGUCCGUAUCGCAGAUUCCUCGAACGAUAGAAGAUGCUAUGAGCGCUUGCACCCGACUUGGGAUUAGAUAUCUAUGGGCUGACCGUCUCUGCAUCAUACAGGACGAUGCUGAAGACAAGAUCAAUCAAAUUAGCGCAAUGAACGAUGUAUACUCUUCAGCGCUAUUAGUGCUGGUCGUAGCCUAUGGCGACAGCAUGGAUUUCGGAAUCCACGGCAUUAGCCAUCAACGACCAACCGUUCAACACCAUGAAGGUAUCACUGGCCUUCGCGUUACAAACAUCGUUCGAGACCCCGAAGAGGACCACUUCGCUCUAUGGCAUACUCGAGGAUGGACAUACCAGGAAGCCGUCUGCGCAAACCGUCGACUUCACUUCACGAACACACGAGCAUACUUUGAAUGCAGGACCUCUAUCUUUCACGAAGACGCAUACAACUCAGAGACUGCAUUGAACGAGUUCACUUCCUAUGGGCUCCUUCUAGAGUCAGAGAACCCAGGCUUCGAAGCUUUCGCCCGCCAUCUCAAAAACUAUUCAUCUCGAAGCCUGUCGUACCGCUCCGAUACCUACAACGCCUUCAUUGGCAUCACGAACCUAUUAUAUGGGUCGCAUUCUGAAAGCACAUUCAUAUAUGGCUUACCAAAAGUGGAUUUCGAUCGAGCGCUGCGGUGGUAUGCAAAUAUGGGCACCAGUACCCCAUCUAGGUUGGAAACGCAGGAUAUCACCUGUCCCACUUGGUCAUGGUCAUCCGCUAUGGGUCACUCGGAUGAAGUGCACUAUCAAGAAACGAAAUUUUAUGGGGCACUGACACUCUGGUAUAGAAAAAGUGCCACUCCUAUGCCGGGAGAUGAGCAGCUGGAAGCAAUCAACACUCACAUCAAUACGAAAGUGGAUGAAGGCUGGGAAACCUAUAUGGCAAUUUCUUGUGAAGAGGGUUGUGUACGAAAUGCAUCCACUUCAUGGUCAUUAAAGAGCAAUUCGUUUUCGACUAUUCGGGAGUCCUUCACUGCUCGCUGGUCAAAUUAUCACGCAUUCCGGAAAGACACACUGCAGUCGCGAGAGCUGUCUCAAUGGUCCGAGAACUUGCACAUUCCAGCCGGCGAUGUCAAAGAUGGUGUUAUCCUGGCAGAACCCCAAACUGCCUUCUUCCGAGUCGGAACCAAGCCGUCAAAAAGCUAUGGUCUGGCUAUCUUCGACUCAGAAGACAAUGCCAUCGGCGAACUGUGCGGAGAGGUGACCCAGUUGAGAGAGGAAGUCGAUUCCCCUCAAUACGAAAGGACUGCUACGUGCGAAUUCAUUGCAUGUUCUAUUUCGGGUCUGCAUAUUCGGCCUUAUUCUGGAAAGGAGCGAGAGACGAAGAAUUAUUCAGAUGUAGAGGGUAAAAUGCUGGAUAUGUUGCCUAUUGUCAACCUAUUCAUGAUUCAGCGGAGAGGGAAGUAUGCAUAUCGAAGGGAACUCGGAUGGGUGUAUUUGAAAGACUGGGCCAAAUCGGACCGAACUUGGGAGAUGGUUAUGCUUGAGUAAUGGCUGAGUGCCUACUAGAUGGUGGUGGUAAAAUCUGAUGGCUCAUGAAAUGGUGUGCGCGCUCAAUUCGAGCGCCCAUUGACCGACCAGUAGCUAUCCCUGUCGCAAGGCCUCUGUCUGCGGUUUAUAACAUCUCGGCAAGCAGCAUUCUUGCUCUGGAGGGGCGCAGCACUCAAGACUG